UAAAGCCUUUGCUUUCACUUAUUCUCAACAGAAACAACCAUAACAUACUUGAAAGUGUUCACAAGUGCUCUCUUAGAAGUUCCGAAAAUUAUGGCAGAGCUCGAAAGCCCUGCUGUACUGUCCAAGCUCAUAACAUUCCUCUCUUCCAUGCUUGAGAAAGUUGCUGAAUCAAAUGAUAUGGAUGCCCUGAUCCACCCGCAGAAAGUGUCGGUUUUUCAUGGCCUAACGAGGCCAACCAUCACAAUUCAGAGCUACUUGGAGAGGAUUUUCAAGUACGCGAAUUGUAGUCCAUCGUGCUACGUUGUGGCAUACGUUUAUCUUGAUCGGUUCACUCAGCGCCAGCCUGCCUUGCCUGUGAAUUCUUUCAACGUUCAUCGGUUGCUCAUCACAAGUGUUUUGGUGGCUGCAAAGUUCAUGGAUGACAUGUACUACAAUAAUGCCUAUUAUGCAAAAGUUGGUGGAAUCAGCACACUGGAGAUGAAUUUUCUUGAAGUGGACUUCUUAUUUGGCAUAGGGUUCCAGUUAAAUGUCACCCCCACCACUUUUCAUACCUAUUGCUCCUACUUACAAAGAGAGAUGCUACUUAAUCCCCCAUUGAGCAAAUCGAAUUCAGUACCCUACAUAACAACCUCGUCCAAGGUACAUUUGUUCGACGAAGACAAUCAAUCUUCACAGCAGCAAACGCAGCAAGAACUCGCUGUUUGAGCUAGACAUUGUCCGAAUUUAGUAAAAAUAUGGAAUGCCUGCAACAUUCACCCUUUGCUACACAUCGUAGACUUGGUUCAAAGGGAGGUGAAACUCAGCAGUGACGGAACCAGCUCUGAACUCGCACAAUUACAACAAUAUGUGAUCCAUUGUUAGUAUAGACCCACUUUUUUUCUUUUUCCUUUUAAAAAUCUUGUGGUUUGAUUAUGUGUAAGUGGACUUGAUUGAAAUGGUAUGUACAGAUUGUUGCUGUCA